UUUUCAGUUACUAGAUGAAUUUAAAAAAUAUAUUUACUUUAAUUUCAAUAUCAGCAUUUUCAAAUGCUCAGUUUCGUUCACGAAACAUUGCAUUCACUAUGCCUGAAAAUUGUACGAGGCUUCAAUAUUUUAACAGGAUUGAAUUAAGAUGCGAAAUUUGCCCGAAUACAACUAUUCCAUCAGAUGACAUGAUGUCUUGUAAGUGCUCAAAAAACCAAAUUGAAAUUUUUAGAAAUGGUUUUGUUCCAACUUGUGAAGAAUGCCCAGAAGGAACACUAUCCUCGCCGGACCAAACUGGAUGCUUAAACUGUAAUAAUGGAACAUGCCAUUGCCCUUCACAAAGCACUCUCAUUUUUCGAGACGCUUCUGGAAAUCUUUUAACAAAUGAUGCAUUCUGUGGAAACUGUGCUUCUGGCUUUUACAGAAAUGACAACGGAUAUUGCACGAAAUGUGAAACGUCGUGUUCCGAAAUGAAUUCUACUAAUUCCGAUCAAGUUUAUACACGAAUCAAACUGCAAAACGGGGUCGAAAUGAAAUCUAUCUACAUUGAAAAUCACUUGUCUACGGAUGCAAAAUUGUGUUCGGAAAGGAAUAUUCAAAGUUGCGAGGCAAUGGUCAACAUGUGUGUACUGCAAAAUUUUGAAUCAGGGUCUUCACUGAAUGCGUGUGGACUUUUGGAAAAUAUUAAAAGAUUAUUCAAUCCAUGGCAAAAUACAUUGGAUGCACUUGCAACCACUGAUGAUUCUGAAUUGGAAAAUGAAAAUGUAAUUGACCAUCAAUAUUUGUUUCGUCCAGAUUCUUCCUUCGAACUUUUCUUUGCAAGGUAUGAUGUAAAUGGAACAUUUGAUGGAUUUUUCACUUCGGAAGACAUAUUUCUUCAUUUUUGUGAUGACUCUCUGAACCCAUUUGCUCCAUUUUUAUUCGGAAGACGUUAUCAAAAAGAAUGCAAAAUAAGAAAGGCAACAUUCACAGAUCCACGUCUUGAGAGAAAAUUAUUUGAAGUGUACUUGAAGUUUUCCGAUGAACAGGGACAUUCUAAGCUCUAUCCUGUACACAUUCUCAAUAGUGCAGUACGAGUCAAUGGACAACUUUUAAACUUUGCAAAUAAAGAUCGGAAUCGUUGGGUGCUCACUCGAAGAUUCUAUUUGUUUGAUGACUAUUCGAUGAAGUUUGACAAUUCAUCAAAACUUAUGAGAUUUGCGGCAAAAAUUGGAAUUAAUGUAGUUCUACAGAAAGAAAGAGAUGGAUACAUAAAUCCACCGUAUUUAACAAUUGAAUAUGAUGAUUCAACAGAUGAAAUAUUUGAGAAUAGUUUGGAAAUAAUAUAUCAUAAAGAUUCAUCUGGAUAUGAUCAAAAGUUGAUAAUAGCUCUUUCAAUAAUCAUUCCAAUGUCAUUGUUCUGGUCAGCUCUGUGCUCAUAUAGUUGGGGAAGAAGACAAGGAAAACCUUCUGCAGUUGAUGCUUCUUCUAUUCUCUACUUUUUUGUUUGUGAAGUUUCGAUUCUUGGAGAUGUAUUUUUCGUUUUAUUCGGAUUUAUUGCUUGUUGGACAACAUUUGCGUACAAAAGUCAGACUUAUGUUUUGUACAAUAUGCUCAGUUAUGAUCAGGAAAAAUUCUUAUUUCAUUAUUUCAUCGCUUCCCUCGUUUUAAAAUUUUUUGGACUGCUGUUCACAAUGGGUGCUCUUGUGUUUCAAGAAACUUUCUUCAUUGACUGGGAAAGGCAAAAACUUAGACAGACUGAUGAACACGGAAUGCCAUUAUCAAGAGAUCUUCACAAAUCAACAGAAGCUGAACCAGUUGUAGUUUGGAGAACAUAUUUGAUUGCGAAUGAAUGGAAUGAACUUCAGCAAUAUAGAAAAACGUCUUUGGCACUUCAAGUGAUCACAAUGAUUCUUCUAAUGGAAUACUUUCAAGUCAAGAACUAUGCUUUGGUUGAACCAGAGUUUGAGAGAGAUGCCUUCGACUCUUCAACAACUCUGAGCACUCUUGCCAGCUCAUUAGCGGUUACAAUUUUUGUCUAUCUCUCAUUGGCAUUGCUGCAAGUUCUUGUCCGAGUUUUGAUCGUUGAACGAAUCGUGACCGACCCAUUUCAUAAUUUUGUUGAUCUUUGCUCUUUGUCAAACAUAAGUGUCCUUUCUCUGACCCAUUCUCUGUAUGGAUACUAUAUUCAUGGUCGUUCUGUUCAUGGAAAGGGUGAUGCUGGAAUGAGUGAGAUGAAUGAAUUCUUACAACGCGAGCGGAAUAAUUUAUGCGGAUUCCGAGGACUUGAACCAGGAUCAGAGCUUCAGACUUUCACGGUAAAUCUACCGAAUUUGUUUCGUUCGAAAUAUGACGAAAUUUUUGCGGUCUCCAAACAAACUACAUCUGGUGUAGUUGGACAUGAAGCGAUCACGGCAAAAAUGAAUGCAACAGUCGAUGCUCAUUCCCAAAUGAACUCAUUUUUAAAGAAAUUUGUAGAUCAUUCAAUAACAGAUAUCGAAUAUGUUGUUCGGGAUCGACCAGUCUUGGAAUCAGUUUUAGAUAUGGAAAUGAGUGAUUCAUCAAUUACAGGCACAUUCACAAGGGAUCCUGUGGAGAUUGCAUACUCCCGAUGUUUUGUCUAUGGAAAUGAGUGGGCUUGGACUUCAUUUGAAUGUUUAACAGUUACAGUCUUCUAUUUAUGGUCUGGAUCUUUAUAUCUUGCUGGUUUUGUUGUGUAUGUUAUUUCUCACUUGAUCCGUUUGAUUUUCGGUUACUUGUCAACGAAUCAUUUGAUUAAGACGAGUUUAGUAGAUCAACGAUUUCUUGUUUAAUAUUAAUUCAUUUUUUUACGAUUGUCUAUUGAAUUAAAAAUAAGAAAAUAAUUAUUAGCGAUGUUACUUGAUUUGUUCUGAAUGCUGAAGAAAACCAGAAUUCAUCUGAUAAAACUGAUAUGUCUA